CAGCUGGAUUACCUCCUGACUUUAUCCGCCCCAGCACAUCCCCAUACGCCGCCCUCAUACUGUUCACACCGAAAAAAGAUGGCGGAUUCCGUAUGUGCAUCGACUACCGCGCCCUCAACCGCAGCACCAUCAAGUCCCGUUACCCGAUCCCGCGAGCCGACGACCAAUUCGACCAACUUCGCGGAGCCCAGUUCUUCUCGAAAAUCGAUCUGCGAGGAGGUUACCACCAAAUUCGCGUCGCCGCCGAGGAUUGCCACAAGACCGCGUUCCGAACCCGCUACGGUAGUUACGAGUACCUGGUGAUGCCGUUUGGACCCACGAACGCGCCUCGACGGUCUACAUGCGACUUUCUUAAGCAGGAGUUGGAGUUUUUGGGCCACGUCGUUUCUACCGAAGGCGUGAAAAUCGACCCCAGGAAAAUCAAGACCAUACAGGAAUGGAAGCCGCCGACCAACCUCAAGGAACUCCAAAGUUUUCUGGGUUUUGUCAACUACGUCCGCCGCUUUAUCCCGAAUAUGGCGGGGUUAUCUGCACCACUAACCGACCGAUUGAAGGAUCACGAUUGUUUUUGGUGGGGUGAGAAGCAGCAAGCUGCAUUCGAUCAACUCAAAAUCGCCCUCACGUCGCCGCCCGUCCUUCGCAUCUCCGAUCCCAACCGUCCAUACGAAGUCGUAACCGACGCCAGCGACAUCGCCAUCGGUGCAGUCCUACUACAGGACUUCGGCGACGGGUUACAACCAGUCGCGUACGAAUCACGGGAGCUGCAAGGCGCGGAGAAGAACUAUACAGUGCACGACAAGGAAAUGCUGGCGAUCGUCCACGCGUUCAAGACCUGGCGAUGCUACCUGACCGGAGCUGACGUCACGGUGCGGACGGACCACAAAUCCCUACAGUACCUGCGCGCCCAACCGAACCUCAAUCCGCGACAGAUCCGAUGGCUCGAUUUCCUCGAGUCCAACUUUCAUUACACCAUCACGUAUAAACGGGGGGCCAAUAAUAUCGCCGAUGCUUUGACCCGCCCUACUGUCCAUACCGCCGCCAUACUAAUCGCCCAAUCCAACCCAUUACUUACAGGACUAUUCACCCACGGCUACAAGAUCGACCCCUUUUUCCGCUCCGCCAUCCAUCAACAGCAUACCACUGCUACUGGCCCGUACUUUCAUAAACGCGGUACUUCUCGCAUCUGGGUACCCGGCUACGAUUUACUCCGUACCCUACUCAUCCAGGAAUCCCAUGACAACCCUACCUCUGGACAUUUCGGCGUCGAUAAAACCACGAAGAUGCUGCAGCGGAAUUAUUACUGGCCGAACAUGGCCGAUGACGUGCGCAAGUACGUGUCCUCCUGCACCGCCUGCCAGAUUAUGAAAUCGUCGCAUCAGCGAGCAGCCGGACUACUACAGCCGUUGGAUCCGCCCGAGCGACCCUGGCAACACGUCACGAUGGACUACGUGACAGGACUGCCGACCGGUCCCAGCGGAAAUGACGCCAUCCUCGUGGUCGUUGACCGACUCACGAAAAUGGCACACUUCAUCGCCUGCCAACAGACAAUCACCGCCGAACAAACUGCGCAGCUGUUCAUCGCGAACGUCAUCUGCCUGCACGGAAUGCCCUCCGCCAUCAUUUCGGACCGAGACCCAAAUUUCACAUCGAAUUUUUGGCGCCACCUGUGGGACCAAUUCGGCACCAAACUCCAAUUUUCAUCCGCCUACCACACACAAACCGACAGGCAGACCGAACGCGUUAACCAAACCAUGGAGCAGCUUAUUCGCACCACCUGUACUGACCCCUCGACGUGGGAGAAAGCCCUUCCGCUACUCGAAUUCGCGUAUAAUAACGCGACCUCAGCGACAACCAAUCAAUCAACAUUCUUCCUCAACUACGGACAGGACCCGGUCGUACCCUCUACAUCGAACAUCGAGUCACCAGUACCCCGGUCCCAGAAAUUUGCUGAAGACAUCCUCGCCAUUCGCGACAAAGCAGCUGAGGCCAUUCGGAAAGCCAACCUGGUCGCAAGCCGACAAGCCGAUCGACAUCGCCGCGACGUCACUUACAACGUGGGAGACCUUGUACUCCUCGACACUCGCAAUUUGCGGCUGCCGAUCCCAAGCAAACUCCGACCCAGAUUCUGCGGCCCCUUUCAAAAGUUUCUCAAGAACGAAGAGGGUGCUCCAUUCGUCAUCCCUCAUUCGGAGCUCCUCAAAUACCUCCUCCUCCACCUCGGCCACCAAGUAGGAGUUAAUGGCCGCCUUCAACUCCCGUGCCCUUACCACCAUAGCAUGGGCACUUCCCCACCUCGUUGGGGUGUCAUGAGCAAGUGAGGUCUUAUGCCCUUGCACCUUCUCAAUGCAAUGUACCUCAAACUUAUCAUGCCUCAAGCUUGACCCACUAAGGUGGGUUGCAAGCCCACGGACCUUGGUGAGUGCACCA